UGGCGGCGUGAGCUGACUGCGAGGGGCAGGAUCGAUCACCGAAAAACUCGAUUGAGUUGAUCGCGACAAGUUAGAAUAAAACUCUUUGAAAGAAACCCCGAACGAGCGGCGGAAGCCGGUGAAAGCUGCCACAACAAGGAGUUUACCGAGACUUUGUUUGCCUGCCAAUCGGAUCACUCGUUCAAAUCCACUGGGAUGAUGGACUUCCCGUGGCACAGCUCAAAGGUUCUGGAGCAACUCAACCACCAGCGCCAGCAGGGCCUGCUUUGUGACUGCACCUUUGUGGUAGAUGGGGUAGACUUUAAGGCACAUAAGGCUGUGCUGGCAGCUUGCAGUGUCUACUUCCGUACCCUCUUCCUGGACCAGAAAGAUGUAGUGCAUUUGGACAUCAGCAAUGCAGCAGGUUUGGGCCAAGUCCUUGAGUUUAUGUAUACUGCAAAGCUGAGUUUAAGUCCUCAGAAUGUGGAGGAUGUGGUUGCUGUUGCUAACUUUCUCCAGAUGCAAGAGAUCGUAAAUGCUUGUUCUGCCUUCCAGUCUGUGGCGGUUCCUGCCCCAUCCCUCAUAACUCAAGAUCUCAAUGUCGAAAAAUCUGUAGAAAGAGAGGAUAAGGUAGAGAAAGAUUUUGCAGAGGUGGAAUCCAAAGCAGAAGAGACCCCAGAAGUCGUGACAGAGAAUUUAGUGUCAACAGUCACCCAAGCGACCUUGAAAGAGGAGACAGCUGCAGGUCCUGAACAGAUGUCCUCCAACAUCCCCGUGAAAACACAUUCAGGCCGAGGACGACCCCAAAAAAUCAACCCCCUUGCUUUACAAAAGAGAACAGCAUUAGAGAGAGAGGGUGAAAGUGCUACAAAAUGUGUACCUGAGUUUCAAGAUGACCCUGCCGAUACUGACUACACACCCAAAUCACCAUUCAAGUCUGCUGGUAGUUCAUCUUACAUGAGUUCUCGGGGAAGAAGAAUCAGAAGAGCUCCUCGGCGAAACUUCCCACCAGACAAUGACUCGGAUGAUGAAAACACCACAAAGUCUCUAAAAGAGGGGAAGAAGAAGGUGGAGGAGGCUGAAGCGGAGGGGGAUGAGGAGGAAGUUGAUGGAGGAGUGGCUAACGAUGAGAUGGGAGAAGAAGAAAGUGAGGUUAACAAGAGAACUGAGGAAGAGGACUCCAGCAGCGGGAGAGAAGGGAAGCAGAUGCAGUCAGCAGCCUCCAGUAGCCGUGCUGAGUCAAAGCCAUAUAGCUCUGUGACUCACAAAUGUCAGGACUGUGGGAAGAAGUUCACUCACACAGGUAACUUCAAGCGACACAUCCGCAUUCACACAGGAGAGAAGCCAUUCAGCUGCCGGGACUGCCACAAGGCUUUCUCUGACCCUGCUGCCUGUAAAGCCCAUGAGAAAACACACAGCCCUCUGAAACCCUACUGCUGCUCAACCUGCGGCAAGAGCUACCGCCAGAUCAGCCUGCUCAACCUGCACCGGAAACGCCAUACAGGUGAGGCGCGUUACAGUUGCGAGGAGUGCGGCAAGCUCUUUACCACAUCUGGCAACCUGAAACGCCACCAGCUGGUGCACAGUGGCGAGAAGCCCUACCACUGCAACUACUGCGAGAAGGCCUUCUCCGACCCCACCGCCAAGAUGCGACACCUUGAGACCCACGACACAGAGAAGGGCAACAAAUGCCCGCAUUGUGACAAACGCUUCAACCAGGUGGGGAAUCUGAAGGCUCACUUAAAAAUCCAUAUCGCAGAUGGUCCUCUAAAGUGCAAAGAGUGUGGGAAACAGUUUACCACUUCAGGAAACCUGAAGAGACACCUGCGUGUGCACAGUGGAGAGAAACCCUAUAUCUGCAUGCACUGUCAGAGAGCUUUCGCUGACCCCGGAGCACUUCAGAGACAUGAGCGCAUACACACAGGGGAGAAGCCCUGCCUAUGUCUUAUCUGUGGCAAGGCAUUCACCCAAGCCAGCUCACUCAUCGCCCAUGUCCGCCAGCACACCGGAGAGAAGCCAUACGUCUGUGAUCGCUGUGGCAAAAGAUUUGUUCAGUCCAGUCAACUGGCCAAUCACAUUCGCCAUCAUGACAAUGUCCGUCCUCACAAAUGUCACAUGUGCAACAAGGCAUUUGUCAACGUGGGAGACCUUUCCAAGCAUAUCAUCAUUCACACAGGAGAGAAACCCUUCCUUUGUGAAAAAUGUGGUCGAGGGUUCAACCGCGUAGACAACCUGCGCUCCCAUGUCAAGACUGUCCACCAAGGCAAGGCCGGCAUGAAGCGGCUGGUGUAUUCUGGGGGCAGUGCCGAUGAGGGAGCUGAUGGCUUUGCAGGGUCAUGUACUUCUGACGGCGAGAUCAACAUAGUCACAGUCACCACAGAAGACAUCGUCACUCUGGCAACAGAGGCCUUGGCUGCCACUACUGUGGCCCAGCUGACAGUGGUUCCAGUGGAUGAUUCUGUGUCUGCAGAUGAGACUGAAGCUCUGAAAGCUGAAAUUACCAAAGCUGUGGAGAAAGUGCAAGAAGCAGACCCCAACACUCAGAUCUUGUAUGCUUGUGACUCAUGUGGUGACAAAUUCCUGGAUGCCAGUUCGCUGGCCCAGCAUGUACGCAUCCACACAGCCCAGGCCUUGGUCAUGUUCCAAGCAGACUCCGACUUUUACCAGUACACCACAGCAACCACUACUGAGGGGGAUGCUGCUACAAACUGGCAGCCCAAUGCUGAGCCGGUCAUCCAGGGUGGGGAGCUGAUCUUCCGCACCCAGGUGGGAGAGGCGGAAGGAGAGAGAGAAGUCAUGGAGAAGACACAAGACCAAGAGGCAGAGGUGGAAGAGAUGGUGUCUCAUGAGCAAAGAGAGGUAGAGGCAGCCGCCAAAAUUGAGCUCCAGGUGGAAGAGGAAGAUGAAGUUGAAGCUGUAGCAGAGGUAAAAGGUUAAACAGGGAGCGGAGAUGGCGUGUGAAAGUCUGUAAAAAGGGGUUGCUCUCCCUGAGGUUUCUUCAUAUUUUUUCUCCCUGUUAAAGGUUUUUUUUUUUAGGGAGUUGUUCCUUAUCCGAUGAGAGGGUCUAAGGACAGGAUGUUGUGUUGCUGUAAAGCCCACUGAGGCAAAUUUGUAAUUUAUGAUAUUGGGCUAUACAAAUAAAAUUGACUUGACCUGACUUCAUAGAAAAGAUCAUGAUCAGGAUUUCAUGACCACAGACAUUAGGGCAAUGGGUCUGUAGUCAUUUAAGCCUGUGAUACAAGGUUUCUUGGGGGACCGGGAUGAUAGUGGAGCUCUUGAAGCAGGAGGGAACUUAACACAGCUCCAGUGAUCUGUUGAAGAUCAGUGUGAAAAUGGGGGCCAGGUGGUCAGCACAGCCUUUAAGUUAGGAGGGUGACACGCCAUCCGGGCCCAGUGCCUUCCUGGUCUUCUGUCUCUGGAAGAGCCGGUGCUUGUCCUCAGCACAGAUCCUGAGUGCGGGUGUGGGUAAUUACUAAGAUAUAUGGCAAGAAGUCAUGAUGAUUCUUGAAUCACAAGUCCUUCCACGCAACAUGAUUAGCAAACACAAUAGCUACAUUUUCUGUGUUUUGAUAGAUGUUUCGAAACAAGGGUUAUAGAAUUUCUUCCAAAGCUGGUCAUACUUAUUUAAACCGGGGUUAUUUUGUUAAAUAAAUUUAUAGAAUUGGGUGUCAUCCUAAUUCAAAUAAAAUAAAUAGAUCAAAUGUUAUUUUGAUAACCUUGUGAUUGUGUGACAAUAAGAUCUUCCUGUGUUGUUUUUUUCCAAUGUCUCUUGAAUGAAAUGUUCCUCAAAUAGUCCAGAUAUUAUGCUAUAUUAUUAUUGCUGAACAAUUUUUUUGGAAAGCACAUUGUAAUGUCACUAGCUACAUAAAUGUGUGUAGGGGUUGGAAAAAUGUGGCUUAAAGAUUGUUUUGGGGUUUUUUUUCUUCCUUUUUUAUGGCAUGGGGUUAAUUAUAAGAAUCAGGUUUAUUGGCCAAGUAGGUUUGCACACACAUGGAAUUUGACUCCGAUUUUGUGGCUCACAAUGUACUUAACAUAGACUAACAACACAACAAUCUUUGGAUAUAUACACAAGGAUUGACUAUAUACGGACGAAAUAAGAGGCAAUCAAGUGCAAUGAUGCAGAGAAUAGCAGGUUACUUACAUACAUGCCUGAGGUAGACGGACAUAACAGAGUGUACCAGUAUACGCACAAUGUACAAUAGUAUAGUAUAUACAACAUUUUGGACUUAUUUGACAAUGUAAAGCGUUCAUUUGUAUGACAGCCCAAGGAAAGAAUUUGUUUUUAUAGCUGGUUGUUUUGGCUCUGUAGCGCCUACCAGAGGACAGGUGUUGGAACAGGAUGUGACCCCAGGGUGUGAUGGGUCUGCAGUGACGUUGCCUGCCCGUUUCCUGACUCAGGAGAUGCUUAAGUCCCACCAGUGAUUUUCUCUGCAGACUUAACUGUCCCUUAUAGUCUUAGUCUUAAACAGAAUUAUGUUAAUGAGCUGGUGAAACACUGUAAAUGCUGUGCAUAUUUAAUAUUAUGAAUAUUUCUUAUAGUAUCAAGUCUUGGUUAUUUUUGUUCAAAGUAAAAGUGAAAUAUGUGACGUGACGAUACACCUUUUUUCCAUGUUUUAGUUUCAAACCAACACCUGCUAACUUUUUUUUUUGCAUUGCAUUUAAAAGUUAGAUAAGUUGUGUUGGGAGUAUGUGUAUCAUCGUUACCAAUGGUUAUAGGUUUAUUGUUUUGUUUUAGUAAUGUUGAUUUCAGGAAAAUGCUCUAUAAUAUAACAGUAAUAUUGUAUUGAUUUAUUGCAAUUUUAUCUACUCUUAAAUAAAGAGGGAAUAAUGUG